UAAAUUGAUAUCUGAAAAUCAGAAUUUUUAAAUGUCUAUUAUUGAGGUUUAAUUUAGAGUUCAUACUUAAUAUUAGUUGAUAAUAAUUACAAUUUUACGGACGGCUAUUGAAAAUUGAAUGUUUCUGGAUAAUAGUUUGAUUUAAGAGUAAUAUUGAUCAUAUGCCGUGUAUGUUACAACUAUGAUUAUGCGUAAUCUCGGUGUUCUCAGUAGUUGGCUGACCAAUCGUUCGUUUUCUACGAACAAAUCAAAUGUGUUGGUGUACAAUUGUAGAACCAAAACCAAAGAACCAUUGAAAUGUAACAAGCUUCUGACAUGGUAUGUUUGUGGUCCCACGGUAUAUGACUCAAUGCAUAUUGGACACGCAAGCUGCUACGUUAAGUUUGACAUCAUCAGAAGAAUUUUGGAGAAUUAUUUUCAGUUGUCUGUAUUUCAAGUAAUGAAUAUUACCAAUGUGGACGAUAAAAUUAUUUCAAAAGCACGUGCCCUAAAAAUGGACCCACUUCAAUUAGCAAGGAAUUACGAAGUAGAAUUUAUUGAAGAUAUAAAUUUGCUGAACAUAAAACAACCAGAUAUUAUAGCAAGAGUAACUGAUUUUAUUCCUCAAGUCUUAGAUUUUAUUCAAAACCUAUUUGAUAAAGAUCUAGUCUAUUCGGCAGAUGAUGGUUCAUUGUUUUUUGAUACAACUAAGUAUAAAAGAUAUGGAAAAAUCUUUAAAGUGCCUGAAGUUGUACCCCAUACGUUCAAAAGGAGUAGUUUAGAUUUCGCGCUGUGGAAAGCAUCAAAACCAGGUGAACCUUCAUGGGAUUCGUCAUGGGGACCUGGACGACCAGCAUGGCACAUUGAAUGUUCUGCUAUUGCUAGUCAUUAUUUUGGAUCUAGUAUUGACAUACAUUCUGGAGGAAUAGAUUUGCUGUUCCCACAUCAUGAAAAUGAAGAAGCUCAAUGCUGUGCACAUCAUAGUGUCAAUGAUUGGGUCAAAUAUUGGAUACACACGGGACAUUUACAUGUUGGAGAUAAUAUUAAAAUGUCAAAAUCGUUAAUGAACACCAUCAGCGUUAAAGAAUUACUCAAUUCAUAUACUGCUAAUCAAUUUCGAACAUUAUGUUUACUAUCAAAUUACAAAAAUGAUUUGGAAUUCAAUGAUAGUUCAAUGGACGUAGCCUGUGGAGUGUUAAAAAAAUUUGAUUCUUUUAUUGCUAAUUGUUAUGCUCAUUUAAAUACUUAUAACAAUAACAGUGAGCAUAUUUCUGAUACUACAUUACUAAAAAAAAUUUGUGACAUUGAAAAUGAUAUAUUAGUCAAUUUAGCAGAUAAUUUUAAUACAUCAAAAGCUUUAAAUUUACUUAUUGAGCUUAUCAACAACUUCAAUAAAUUACUUACGGUGGACUUUCAUUUUAAUUGUUCAAAAUUGGAAGUGAUUCAGGCAUUAAAUUUAGUAAUAAAAACAUUGGAGUCAUUUGGAAUCGAUUUAGCUACAUUAAAGUUCAAGUCUGAUGCUGAAAAUAAUUUAGUUAUUGAUAUCACCGUAAAUUUUAGAGCAAAACUUAGACAGUUAGCAUUACAAUCAAAGUCUGAGAUUACCAAAAAAGAUAUAUUUACACUUUGUGAUACAUUGAGAGAUCAACUUUCUUUAGCCAACGUUAUUGUACAAGACUCUAAGACAUCAUCAAUAUGGAGACAUGAAAAAGUAACAAAAAUACAAGCCAAAGAAAAUUAAAUACAAGACUGAUUAAUUUUCUGUUAACUUAAAGCAAUUAUUAAAUUGGUCUUAUUUAGUCUACAGAGUGUUGUCUACUUUUAUUUAUAAAACUUAUACAUUUUCAAUGAAAUUUGGGUAUUGUUAACAAAAAAUAUGAUUUAAAAAUAAUUAUUAGCAAAAUAUAUCUAAUAUGUAAACAUUUGUGUAAUAUAGAAUUACCAAGAACUA